UCAUACAUUCGGAACUUCUCGUCACACUGUUGACAAUGACGUAAAUCCGUGGGGAGCGUAGCCAGCGGAGCUAGCCAAAGGUUGCUAAUUGUUCAGAGAUCAACGUGAAACCGAAAGUAGAACAUUUGUUAUUUUGGAUAUGCCGGGAUUAAGGUAUACUCCUAAAAAAUACAUGGGCAAAGUGCUCAUUGUCCAGAAUAAGGAUUACGCUGGCCUGACUCGAGAAGUUAAAGGAGAGGAUGAGAACUUGGUUAAAAUGAAGGUAACAUUAAACAAGAUGGGGUUUACAGAUGCAUGUAUUGAAGUUCACAAAAACCAAACCAAAUCACAAAUGAUCCAAUUAUUGCAAAAUAUGGCUGCUAGAGAGGACUUAGAGGAUGAUUAUUGUUUUAUCUGCAUGGUCUUGUCUUAUGGACAAGAUGGCGUAAUUACUUGUUAUGAUGAGACCCAAUCACCCAAAAAUCCAACAGCAGGUAUGCAACUACCUGUCUCUGAUCUUCAAGAAUGUCUGAAGGGAAACAAAUGUAGAGGUCUUCUCUUGAAACCCAAGAUAUUCAUGUUACAGUUGGAAGAAGCUCCUGGUGACAAGAAGGACGGUACAAAGGCAGAAACAGAGGCACCACAGCCAAAGAAGAUUCCAAAAGAGGCAGACUUUUUGAUAUAUACCUGUGCUAAAGAAAUUGCUCUUGACACCUGGAUUAAAGGAUUUGAACAGUAUGUCCUGAAACCUGAACAACCCGGACAACCUGAACAUCCCUUAGAGAUCCAAAAACUCCUCACACGGAUGAACCGUCUAUAUUGUAAAUAUUACAGUAAUCAAAAAAUGACAGUGGAUGCACCUUGCGUGACCACUCUUCUUACCAGAGAAGCUUAUCUGAAGAUAGAGGAGCCAAGCCCAAAGUAACAUAGUUUGUUGUCUCUAAGAUACAUGAACCAUUAACUAGUCUUUAUGUGUGUGUGAUAAAUUACUCAAGUAAUGAUUAAAUGACAGUAUAAUAAUGAUUUUUUAAUAUACAUGUAAUUGCAAUAAGCUUGGAUAACUUUUUUAAAAAAUGUCGCUUACAUAAGUUGGAUUAAAUUUUAUAGCAUGUAUUCAUUAGAAAAUCAAAGUGUUAUUCAAUUAUUAAAAUGAUAGAAAUGUGAGUUUUCACGCAUUCUCCUUUUCGUUAACAUUUGGUGUUUUGUUGAUGAAGUAUCUGUAGGCUUUAAUGAUAUUGAUUUAUGAUAGUUGUAUUGUUGAAGACAUUAUUCUUGUGACAUCUAGUCUUUCACUAAAGUGAUUUAAAGUAAAAUUUCCUGUUAUAUUUUUAUCUAGCUAUAAGUGCUAUUUAUUAUUAAUGCUAUAAUAUCUGUGCUUGAUCAUAAAGUUUCUGAUCAUCAAAUUUGUCUCGAGCAAAAAUGUUUUUUCAAGAGGAUUUGAUUUUUAUGAAAAAAUGUUGUUGUUUUAUCAUUUUAUUGGUCCCAAUUUUUCACACAUCUAACUUUGCUCAAUCAUCAAACGGUGAUCUCUUUUGAAUUUCUAUGCAAAGAUAAUUUUUAUAACCAGUGUGAGAAACUGGAACCUCUGACUGCUCAAGAAGGAGAUGAAUUACUAUUAUCUGACAAUGUGCUAUUUAUUCUGGUAUCAUACAUGAUGUUGACAGUAUAAUAUCCAGUCUGUUGUGAUAGAUUUCAACAUUUAUAAAAACAGGGUAAGAUAUUGAACCUUGUCAAUUAAAUUACGAUAUUUUUUAUAUGCAAGUUGAUUUGUGUUACCAAAAUUUACUUACACUAAUGGGGCAUGAUGAAAAGUUGUUAAGAAUGGUUGUUGUUAUAUAAUUGUAGCUUUUAUACAUUAUAAAAAUAAACUUUUACCCAUUUCCUA